CAGUAAUCCAAGUGUUGUACCAUCAACUAUUCGCCUCUGCGUGACCCCGAAUAGCUACGUCCGCCAAUAAUAUCAUGAUGACAGGGGGCACCACUUGGUACGUUCCGCCUGACCUCAUUGUGGAACAACUGCGAGGCGCCCCAGGGGACGUAUGGCGACUAGGCGUUACGACGCUCUGCCUGCUGGAAAAGAUACGUAUUCUGGAGAAAACGACAAAGAGUUGGCUCAUCUGUGAGGUGAAACAAGGAGGCGAUGGUAAAGGACAGAUGAUAAAAUGGCUCAAAAUCGUUACCCAAAACAGAAACAUGCUGAACUGUAAUGAUUUUAUGGAGGUGCUUGUUUCCUAGAUGCUAUGGGCGUGGCCUGGGCGUGGCCUGGGCGAGGUAAUCCUACAGACGGGCGUUCCCAUUCCUACCAGACGAUGGCAACAGCAAUAACGAGAAGGAAGAAGUCAACAACGCUUUAGGCGGUCGUGGCGAGGCCGGCGGCCUCAGCCGCCUCUCGCAGAAAUGGACCGUCGACCACUCCUCUAGGCAUUAUGCUAAAAAGAAAUCAAGACUUGACGU